AUGUUUUCUCAAAGGCAACUUCAGCGAUGUCUUUUACGGACGCGAUUUUGUAGAGUUAAUGUGCGUGGUCGGCGGCUAAUACAAACGGAGUCAUUGCAAAGUGCUGAGGAAAAUGUGAAUGUAUACAAGCCCAUUCUUCCUUCCAAGAAGUAUGAAUUCAAAAUUAAUACAGAUCAAAAGUCAGAAAUGGUGAGUCUGUAUGAGGCAUGUGUAUUCACGAAUGAUUUUGUCCGUUCAGCACAGCUUCUGGGGCGCAUAGCUGGUUAUAAUGCAAUGGAUGAAAAUAUGUACCCAUACAUUGAAUUAUAUCUACGGCACCUAAUCAAUUCCGGGAGUUUUACGCUGGAUUCUAUGAUCCGGACAACGAGGGCAAUCCUCAAAAAGUCUAAACUUCCCGGUAAUUCCACGAUUUAUGCAUAUUAUUUUCAAGCGGCCUUAUUAAAAGAAGCGGAAGAAUCUGGAUAUCCCGUUUUGCAUCGAAUGGCUGUCGAAUGGAGAUACAGAAAAGGUAGAGUCGUCGAUAUUCUAUCCCAGACGUCAGUACUAAACAGCGAGCAAAUUCAAAAAAUUAUUAGAAUCCUUAAUAUCCCUUUAGAAUCCUUAUCCAGUAACCAACUAGCCCUUUUUGGUUUUCAGCCGUCGAAUUUAGCCGAAAAGGAUACUGUAAGAAAUACAGCAGAAGAAGAAGAAUCCCAGCCAAAGGCCGUACCUGCAACUGAACAUGUUUACAUUGAUAAAAUAAAAAGUAAAGGAAUGCGUUUGAGUGCCCUACUAAAAUCACUAAACAACAUUUCUGUUAGUCCUGAAAACUUACCAGUGGAUGAAGUAUCUUUGGAAAAGGUACCUAGCUCGGAGCUUGUCAAUUUGGCGAGGCAAAAGCUUCUGGAGAAAUCUGCCGUUGCUUCUGCUAUUGAUUUGUGGAAGGCUGAGUAUGAAGAUACUUUCCAUCGUGGAGGAGCUUUACCCAAAAACAAAGAAGCUUCUGCCUUAUUUUACCAGUGGUAUACAGAACUCAAGGAGAUGUUCAACCAGGAGAAUAAACGCCUUGACGCUUUUUAUCAUAGAAUCGAAACAAACGCAGGCAACCCAUAUAUAGCUGAGGGCUUUUGCGGCCCUUUUCUGAAGCUUCUAAAAACGGAAAAACUUGCUGCUUUAACGAUUAUAGAAGUAAUUCGCUCUAUUUCUUCAAUUUCAAGUCAAGAGGAAGUUGAGGAAACGCACGGGGUUUUGAUUUCUCGUUUAACUGAUGCUGUUGGACGGAGUUUUGAACGUGAAUUCUUAUCCGAACGUAUACAAGUAGAAGAAAGAGAGGGAAAGCUUCGCAUAAGAGACAAUUUAAAGUAUGUUUUUAAUAAUCCUCGUGCAUUUAGAGCUGCUGUGAAAGAGUUGAGGCGUAAUGCCGAUGAGAACGACGGUAAAUGGAAGCAUGCUUUGGAAAGCUGGCCAAGAUAUGUUACCACCAAGAUUGGUGCAAUUGCAGUGUCAUUGUUCUUACAGGCUGCUAAAAUGGAUAUUAAAUUUAAGCGCCCGGAUACCGGGGACAAUACAAAAGAAUCUGUAUUUGCUUUCGCUCAUACCUAUCAAUAUAUUCAUGGAAGGAAGUCUGGUGUACUUCGUCCCAGAGUUGAGCUCUUAAAAUUAAUAGCAAGUGAAUUCCAAAAUCCUCUUAUCCAUCCACAAAUGCUCCCAAUGUUGGUACGUCCCAAACCAUGGGUGCAAUGGGACAAAGGAGGUUAUUAUUACUCUCGAGAGUCGAUAAUCCGUUUGAAGGGCUGUACUGAGCAGUUAGAUUAUGUUAAGGAAGCUUCCCGUAAAGGUCAUCUUAAGAAAGUCUAUAACGCGUUAAGCGCACUUGGUGAUGUGGACUGGAGAGUUAAUCGCUUCACGUUUGAUGUUAUAGUUAAAAUCUGGAAUUUAGGUGAAGGUAUGCUCAGUAUUCCUCCCAAAAAUGUAGAGGUGAAUCUUCCUCCUUAUCCAAAGCAAGCCCUCAAUCCGAAUGAUCGUGUAGCAUGGUACAGCCUUAGGGAUAAACUUUCUAGGGAAAAGGCAACUGCCCACUCACAACGCUGUGAUUUUAACUACAAACUUGAAAUCGCUAAUUCAUAUUUAAAUGAAAGAUUCUAUUUUCCUCAUAACAUGGAUUUCCGAGGAAGAGUAUACCCAAUCUCUGCACAUUUACACCAUGUAAACAAUGACUUUUGUCGUGGUUUACUAGAGUUCGCUGAGGGAAAGCCAUUAGGUCCUAAUGGGCUUAGUUGGCUGAAAGUUCAUUUGGCAAAUUUGUUUGGUAUCAGUAAAGUUGAUUAUGCUAGUCGUCAAAAGUUCGUGGAUGACAACAUUGAACAAGUUUUUGAUUCGUAUGAUCAUCCUUUGGAAGGACGCAAAUGGUGGACGUCUGCUGAAGAUCCUUUUCAAGCUCUUGCGGCAAUUGCAGAAAUCGCAAGAGCAACACGCUCCGGAAACCCCGAAAAUUACGUUUGUCACGUCCCAGUGCAGCAAGAUGGAACCUGUAAUGGAUUACAACAUUAUGCUGCCCUAGGAAGAGAUCCCGAUGGUGCUCAUGAAGUUAAUCUGUCUCCAAACGAUCGGCCUAAAGAUGUCUAUGAUGCAGUAGCUAAGAUUGUGAUAAGCAGAUUGGAACAAGAGUCUGCCAAAGGUGAUGAAUUGGCCACCGCUUUGAAAGAUAAAAUCGACAGAAGUGUUGUGAAACCUACGGUUAUGACUAACGUUUACGGUGUUACUUAUGUGGGUGCCAAAAAUCAGAUUAUCAGUCAGUUGGAAAAACGAGGAGAUAUUCCUAAAGAUAUGCUCAACAACUAUUCUAGUUAUUUGACUAAAAUGGUGUUCCGAGCCCUUCGUGCUUUAUUUGAAAGAGCUCAUGAGAUUCAAGAUUGGCUGUCUACUUGUUCGUACCUUAUUUCAAAUUCUUUGCCGGCAGAAUAUAUUAAGGAAGGUCAUAAGGAUAAACUGACGCCCACUAUUUGGACGACUCCCCUUGGGUUUCCUAUUAUCCAGCCUUAUAGGAACUUUAAAAAACGACAAGUACAGACAAACUUACAAUCAGUUUGUAUUGAAGAUAGGGAUAGAGUAGCUUCCGUUGAACCUAGAAAACAAGCUGCUGCUUUUCCUCCCAAUUUUGUACAUUCUUUAGACGCGACACAUUUGUUUAUGACAUGUUUGAAAGCCAAGGAAGCGAAGAUAACCUUUGCUUCUGUCCAUGACUCUUACUGGACCCAUGCUUGCGAUGUCGAACAGUUAGGUAGUUUGUUGCGACAAGCUUUUGUUGAAUUACAUUCACAGAAAAUUAUGGAAAAGCUGAGAAAUGAGUUUCGAAAGCGAUAUAAGAACUUUAUGAUUUCUAAAGACAUUGCAAGGAGGUACGAUUUGUUUAUAUCUUCUGAAGAUGCUGAUAAAAAAUGGGUGCCACUUAAAAUCCCACUUCUACCCUCACAGGGUACUUUUGAUUUAACAAAAGUUUUGGAAAGUAAAUAUUUCUUUUCGUGA